AUGACCGUCAUGAAUACGAUCGCGGCAUUCAUAGCGUUCUGCUGCCUUGCAAGCCCUGCUUCCGGACGUCGGAGCAAUGCCAACCUGGAAGCGCAGCUCGGGCUUUCAUCCAGUUUUGAACCCUCAGACGAAAUUGCCAAAGCGGAAGCCACUGUGGAGGCGGUCGUGGAGAAUGUCGAUGAGGGCCUCAACGCAGCUCCCAAGGCAGAGGCUCAGACGUGGGCCACCGUCUCGACCGUCGACCAGGUCGGUCCAAGUCUUGAUGACAUCGUGCCCAAGACCGCGGUCAACUAUGUCAUCACCACCGAAGGCGUUGCUCCAUCGGACCCAGAAGGUGAGUAUUGGCUGGAAGCCAAUCUGUCUGCCGUCGAUGGGGCCAGCUGUGACGCCUUCAAAUCGAAGGUCGAUCGCUUGCUGCAGGCAAUCGAUUCAGUCACCGGUCCUGUGAAGAUUUCCCAGAUGUUCUCGCUGUCCUGCUGGCAUGAGAAGCUGACCCUGCUAAGUGUCCAUCGAGUUCUCGCGCCCCACGAGGUGCACGUCGUAAAGAUGUUCGCCACGCACCUGAAGCACAUCAACGUCACGGAGAGCACCAUGAUGGAUGCGGCAACGGUGCUGAAGGACAAGAACAGGCCCAUCCUGGAGGAGAUGUUUCAGGGCUUCCGCGUGGAAAUGGAUGUGGCGUUGACGAAAGCUCUCGAGAAGGUCAUCUCCGAGAAGAUCCUGCAGCUAACAGGACACGCCAAUCCUCUGAACAACGAAGGUCCUCUGCGAGGCAGCUGCAGUUCGGGUGAACUUCCAUGUCCGUACAGUUGGCAGGGGCACUGCUGCAGCACCAGCAGCUGCCUUCAUCCACUUGAGGCUGGCUCAGAGUAUCCGCGCUACCAGGACGAUAUGUGCCUCUUCAACCGCACCUCCUGCUGGGAAUACUGCAAGGAAAAAAUCGAGAUGCAGCAGCAGAAGACCAAAGACAUCGUCGAGAAUGUGGUCGCCAUGUUCAAAGGAGCCUCCUCUGACAUGCGCCUGUCCUACGACGACGCCAAGCGACGUGAGCUGUUCCAGUCCAUUCCAUUCUUGAAUGCCAGCUUCAACGACAUCGUUGCCAAGAUGUCCGUUCCUUGGGAUUACAUGAAGCCGUCUGUGAAUGGUUCGACCCAGCCCUGGUUGGGCCCACUCGCUGACGUCAUGGAGGCUGCCAAUGACUUGGACACGCUGGACACCGUGGCGAUCAAGAAUCUUCCCGGAGUUGCGGCACAGGUGACGUUCACAAAUGUGCACCCCUUCAAAGUCGCCGGGAGCAUGCUCCAGGAUCUGGGCGUGAUCAAGUUUCUGCGCGAAUCAGCCGAGACUACGCCACCAGCGCCGGCCCCUGCCCCGGCCCCAGCACCCAAGCAGAUGCACACCUGGAGGAACCAGGUCGAGUUCAUGCCAACGACAGAGGUGGAGACAGUGCAGGAGGUGGAGGCUGCGGUGGCCAAUCGAGUUCUCAAGGCUGAAGCAGCAAGCGAACAUGCAAUGGAGUCGCUAGAGAGAGAGCUUCCGCCAACUCCGACGAAGCUAAUCCCGCUGAAGGCAACGAUUUCGAUGGGCCCUAGCCUGGGCCACUUCAACACCCACGAGAACGUUUCCUACAUGCUCUUCCACGAUAGCAAGGCCGCCGUUGACCCCUCCCUGAGCUUGCAGAUCGAAGUGAACGUUACAGCCGCCAGCGCAGAGGCUGCCGCAAGCUUUGCAGAGUUGUGCAACGGCCUGGUAAAGAAGUUGAACACCGGGCCCUUCCUGGAAGUUCACAGCUACGGCAGCCUGGUGACCGUCUUGAGUAUGCCGUUGCCAGGGGACACAGCACACUUGAAGCAAGAGCUCACCAUGAUCAUGAAGCACAUCGGCCACUUGACGUUCACCGUGUCGGCGAACAACAACAUCGAACACAUGAUGGCACACCCUGAUGACUCGAUCUGGAAUUCGGCGAAGACGGGCACCAAAAUCAGGUUGGAUGCCACGCUCACCGACGCUGUUGAGAAGGCCCUUGUUGAGCAGAUGAAGCAAAGAAGCCACCACGAAGUACAGUGCCCGACAAUGGAGGCUCCGUGCGUGUAUGUUGGUCACCCAGACAGCUGCUGCUCGCUGGCCAAAUGCCUUGCUUUCGAUGAUGAGGAUAAUGAAGAAGAACGUGCUAGCUGGAAGGAGUCUCAGUGCAAGUACAAUCAUACGUGUGCGCCUCUCUGUGGUGGCAGUGGUGUCGCGAAGACGCCUGCGGACUAUGCUUUGGUGAUGAGCGAGAAGCUGAUGCAGAUCUUCACUGGCGGCUCAGUGGAUGUCCGUGUGGCCUACGAUGACGAAAUUGUCAAGGGCAUUUUCGCGUCGCUGCCCGUGCUGAACAUGACCUUCCGGGGCCUACAGGAGCAAUACAGGUCUUUGGCCCAGCAGCAUCACUUGGAGAAAUUUGCAUCGCACCCGCUUGCUGCAGCAGGCGUGGAAGUCAUGAAUGCAGUGAACAAGGACUUGGUGAGCAUCGAGUCAGUGGAGCUGAAGAACCUCCCCAGUGACAUCAGGCUCGUGAUGAAGUUGGAGAACGCGAAGCCUUUCCAGUUCAUCUUCGCACUCCUCGAAGGCAGCGGCAUCCUCGGCAUGCUCGCCGCUGCGGGCUCAUAUCCAUCGCGCCGCUCUUUUGCGCAAUCCCACUUAGCAACGACCGUCAUGCACACGAUCGUGGCAUUCAUAGCAUUUUCCUGCUUGGCAAGCCCUUCGGCCGGGCGUCGGAACAGUGGCAACCUCGCAGCAAAGCUCAAUUUUGAACCUGCCGUGGAAAUCGCCAAAGCGGAAGCCACUGUGGAGGCGGUCGUGGAGAAUGUCGAUGAGGGCCUCAACGCAGCUCCCAAGGCAGAGGCUCAGACGUGGGCCACCGUCUCGACCGUCGACCAGGUCGGUCCAAGUCUUGAUGACAUCGUGCCCAAGACCGCGGUCAACUAUGUCAUCACCACCGAAGGCGUUGCUCCAUCGGACCCAGAAGGUGAGUAUUGGCUGGAAGCCAAUCUGUCUGCCGUCGAUGGAGCCAGCUGUGACGCCUUCAAAUCGAAGGUCGAUCGCUUGCUGCAGGCAAUCGAUUCAGUCACUGGUCCUGUGAAGAUUUCCCAGAUGUUCUCGCUGUCCUGCUGGCAUGAGAAGCUGACCCUGCUGAGUGUCCAUCGAGUUCUCGCGCCCCACGAGGUGCAUGUCGUAAAGAUGUUCGCCACGCACCUGAAGCACAUCAACGUCACGGAGAGCACCAUGAUGGAUGCGGCAACGGUGCUGAAGGACAAGAACAAGCCCAUCCUGGAGGAGAUGUUUCAGGGCUUCCGCGUGGAAAUGGAUGUGGCGUUGACGAAAGCUCUCGAGAAGGUCAUCUCCGAGAAGAUCUUGCAGCUAACAGGACACGCCAAUCCUCUGAACAACGAAGGUCCUCUGCGAGGCAGCUGCAGUUCGGGUGAACUUCCAUGUCCGUACAGUUGGCAGGGGCACUGCUGCAGCACCAGCAGCUGCCUUCAUCCACUUGAGGCUGGCUCAGAGUAUCCGCGUUACCAGGACGAUAUGUGCCUCUUCAACCGCACCUCCUGCUGGGAAUACUGCAAGGAAAAAAUCGAGAUGCAGCAGCAGAAGACCAAAGACAUCGUCGAGAAUGUGGUCGCCAUGUUCAAAGGAGCCUCCUCUGACAUGCGCCUGUCCUACGACGACGCCAAGCGACGUGAGCUGUUCCAGUCCAUUCCAUUCUUGAAUGCCAGCUUCAACGACAUCGUUGCCAAGAUGUCCGUUCCUUGGGAUUACAUGAAGCCGUCUGUGAAUGGUUCGACCCAGCCCUGGUUGGGCCCGCUCGCUGACGUCAUGGAGGCUGCCAACGACUUGGACACGCUGGACACCGUGGCGAUCAAGAAUCUUCCCGGAGUUGCGGCACAGGUGACGUUCACAAAUGUGCACCCCUUCAAAGUCGCCGGGAGCAUGCUCCAGGAUCUGGGCGUGAUCAAGUUUCUGCGCGAAUCAGCCGAGACUACGCCGCCACCAGAGCCGGCCCCGGCCCCAGCACCCAACCAGGUUCGCAGCUGGAGGGACGCGGUUGAGUUCAUGCCAGCGACAGAGGUGGAGACAGUGCAGGAGGUGGGAGUUGCUCCGACAGCGCCGGCCCCUGCUCCAGCACCCAAACAGAUGCACAGCUGGAGGAACGCGGUUGAGUUCACCGAGGACAUCGCCAAAGCGGAAGCCACUGUGGAGGCGGUCGUGGAGAAUGUCGAUGAGGGCCUCAACGCAGCUCCCAAGGCAGAGGCUCAGACGUGGGCCACCGUCUCGACCGUCGACCAGGUCGGUCCAAGUCUUGAUGACAUCGUGCCCAAGACCGCGGUCAACUAUGUCAUCACCACCGAAGGCGUUGCUCCAUCGGACCCAGAAGGUGAGUAUUGGCUGGAAGCCAAUCUGUCUGCCGUCGAUGGAGCCAGCUGUGACGCCUUCAAAUCGAAGGUCGAUCGCUUGCUGCAGGCAAUCGAUUCAGUCACCGGUCCUGUGAAGAUUUCCCAGAUGUUCUCGCUGUCCUGCUGGCAUGAGAAGCUGACCCUGCUAAGUGUCCAUCGAGUCCUCGCGCCCCACGAGGUGCAUGCCGUAAAGAUGUUCGCCACGCACCUGAAGCACAUCAACGUCACGGAGAGCACCAUGAUGGAUGCGGCAACGGUGCUGAAGGACAAGAACAGGCCCAUCCUGGAGGAGAUGUUUCAGGGCUUCCGCGUGGAGAUGGAUGUGGCAUUGACGAAAGCUCUCGAGAAGGUCAUCUCCGAGAAGAUCUUGCAGCUAACAGGACACGCCAAUCCUCUGAACAACGAAGGUCCUCUGCGAGGCAGCUGCAGUUCGGGUGAACUUCCAUGUCCGUACAGUUGGCAGGGGCACUGCUGCAGCACCAGCAGCUGCCUUCAUCCACUUGAGGCUGGCUCAGAGUAUCCGCGUUACCAGGACGAUAUGUGCCUCUUCAACCGCACCUCCUGCUGGGAAUACUGCAAGGAAAAAAUCGAGAUGCAGCAGCAGAAGACCAAAGACAUCGUCGAGAAUGUGGUCGCCAUGUUCAAAGGAGCCUCCUCUGACAUGCGCCUGUCCUACGACGACGCCAAGCGACGUGAGCUGUUCCAGUCCAUUCCAUUCUUGAAUGCCAGCUUCAACGACAUCGUUGCCAAGAUGUCCGUUCCUUGGGAUUACAUGAAGCCGUCUGUGAAUGGUUCGACCCAGCCCUGGUUGGGCCCGCUCGCUGACGUCAUGGAGGCUGCCAACGACUUGGACACGCUGGACACCGUGGCGAUCAAGAAUCUUCCCGGAGUUGCGGCACAGGUGACGUUCACAAAUGUGCACCCCUUCAAAGUCGCCGGGAGCAUGCUCCAGGAUCUGGGCGUGAUCAAGUUUCUGCGCGAAUCAGCCGAGACUACGCCACCAGCGCCGGAAACGACCCCAGCACCCAAGCAGAUGCACACCUGGAGGAACCAGGUCGAGUUCAUGCCAACGCCAGAGGUGGAGACAGUGCAGGAGGUGGAGGCUUCGGUGGCCAAUCGAGUUCUCAAGGCUGAAGCAGCAAGCGAACAUGCAAUGGAGUCGCUAGAGAGAGAGCUUCCGCCAACUCCGACGAAGCUAAUCCCGCUGAAGGCAACGAUUUCGAUGGGCCCUAGCCUGGGCCACUUCGACACCCACGAGAACGUUUCCUACAUGCUCUUCCACGAUAGCAAGGCCGCCGUUGACCCCUCCCUGAGCUUGCAGAUCGAAGUGAACGUUACAGCCGCCAGUGCAGAGGCUGCCGCAAGCUUUGCAGAGUUGUGCAACGGCCUGGUAAAGAAGUUGAACACCGGGCCCUUCUUGGAAGUUCAAAGCUACGGCAGCCUGGUGACCGUCUUGAGUAUGCCGUUGCCAGGGGACACAGCACACUUAAAGCAAGAGCUCACCAUGAUCAUGAAGCACAUCGGCCACUUGACGUUCACCGUGUCGGCGAACAACAACAUCGAACACAUGAUGGCGCACCCUGAUGACUCGAUCUGGAAUCAGGCGAAGACGGGCACCAAAAUCAUGUUGGAUGCCACGCUCACCGACGCUGUUGAGAAGGCCCUUGUUGAGCAGAUGAAGCAGAGAAGCCACCACGAAGUAGAGUGCCCGACAAUGGAGGCUUUGUGCGUGGAUGUUGAUCACUCAAACAGCUGCUGCUCGCUGGCCAAAUGCCUUGCUUUCGAUGAUGAGGAUAAUGAAGAAGAACGUGCUAGCUGGAAGGAGUCUCAGUGCAAGUACAAUCAUACGUGUGCGCCUCUCUGUGGUGGCAGUGGUGUCGCGAAGACGCCUGCGGACUAUGCUUUGGCGAUGAGCGAGAAGCUGAUGCAGAUCUUCACUGGCGGCUCAGUGGAUGUCCGUGUGGCCUACGAUGACGAAAUUGUCAAGGGCAUUUUCGCGUCGCUGCCCGUGCUGAACAUGACCUUCCGGGGCCUACAGGAGCAAUACAGGUCUUUGGCCCAGCAGCAUCACUUGGAGAAAUUUGCAUCGCACCCGCUUGCUGCAGCAGGCGUGGAAGUCAUGAAUGCAGUGAACAAGGACUUGGUGAGCAUCGAGUCAGUGGAGCUGAAGAACCUCCCCAGUGACAUCAGGCUCGUGAUGAAGUUGGAGAACGCGAAGCCUUUCCAGUUCAUCUUCGCCCUCCUCGAAGGCAGCGGCAUCCUCGGCAUGCUCGUCGAGAAGUUGUACCAAAGCUUCUGCUCGGGAGGCAGCCGUCGCAUUGAGGUCAAGACUCAAGGAAUGUCCGUUUCCUUGGAUUUUCAGAAGAUGACUUCCCUGGUCGUUGGUGGGCGCACGGUGCGCAAAAUGAGACGGAGUACUUCCGACACAGAAUGCAUUGAAGUCAUCGAGGAAGUAACGGAGAUCCGAUUGGGAGCUGGCAGGGCCAAGUUGGCUUUCGCAUUGGCAUGCCGGCGAAGGGCCCCUGCCAGUUUGCAUUCCGUUUUUCCAGGACUCGCAGUCAGCUCAGCACCAGUGCGCCUGAUCAUUUUGGACGGCUUAACGGAUGCAGCGAAUGUGGGAACUCUCUUCAAAGUCGCAGCAGCAUUUGGCCUCUCUGGCGUGCUGUGCUCCCCUGGCUGUUGCGACCCUUUCAGCGCACGGGCGGUGCGCGUCUCCGGCGGGCAGGUCUUCAGCAUGCCCUGCUACCAGGGAGACCUUCCCGAGGCCAUGCACCAGCUUCGGGCUGAAGGAGUCCUGACAUUGGCUGCGGUUGUGCAAGAUGGUGCAGUCUACUUCGACGAGGUACAAGAACUCCCAAGGCGAUGGGCACUGGUUCUUGGGUCAGAGCACUUCGGCGUUGAGAGAGCUGUGCGCGAAGCCUGCGACAAGUUGGUCAAGAUCCGGAUGGCCAGUGGUGUGGAUUCAUUGAAUGUGGUGAUCUCCGGCGGUGUUCUGGUGCAUGGCUGCGUCGAGCGGGAAUCGCAAGCGUGA